AUAAUAAAAAAGUUUAUCUUGAAAAUAUGAUGAGAGUAAAAUUGAAUUUAUUAGUGCUUAUUUGUUAUCUACACGCAGAUAUUGCGUUAUCUUCGUUUUGUUAUUGGAACACGGCAUGCUCCUAUAGAUAUUUUUCGACCAAAACUCCUUACAAUGCGGUACGAGGUGACAUACGGGACUCCGUCAUAAAUAUACCAGAAUGUGAACCGAUGAGUAUCUGGGGCAUAUUUCGCAACGGUAAAACAUACACUGAUCCCAAAUCAGCCAUAAGGAUGAAGGAAGCAAUAGCUAUCCGUGACCUCGUUGUCUCGAGUUACGAAAAAGGCAGGUGUUCACUGUGCGCUCAAGAUAUCGACAAUCUCCGAGACUGGGCCAUUGACAACGAUAUGUUUGAUAAAACAAGCGCUUUGCAUGAUGAGGGGUGCCAGGAAAUGAUUGAUAUCGCUAGCAGAUUGAAACAGGUUUAUUCUAAACUGAACGAACUAGAAGGAGCUAAUUACAGAUUGCGGCCAACAAAUCAUCCUUGGGUUAAAGAAAGUGCUAGAGCCUUUUUGGAGGGGCUUGGUAGCAAGAAUGUAGUAAUGGAUGAUCUAACAAGCGACUUUGAUCUGCAUCCGAUCAACACUGAUGCUGAAGAAAAUUCCGCUUGGACCAAGGAAACGAAUAAAUAUACAAUUUCCUCAGACUAUCUAGCAGCAAAGGAUAGGAUCCAAAGGCGAUUGGGUAUCGAUUACAGCCUAACCAACGACAACAUAACUGCUCUUUAUGAUUUAUGUUGCUAUACUUGGUCGGGACUGAACAACAAGGCCAGUCCUUGGUGUGCCCUAUUUACGACCGAGGACCUCAAAGUUUUAGAAUAUAUCGGAGACUUAGAACAUUACUACAAAUAUGGUUAUGGGCGUCAAAACGCAGAGUUGAACAGUCAAAUACCCUUAGAAGAUCUACUAGAGAGUUUUCAAUUGGCAAAAGCUGGGAAAGGUAGAAAAAUAACGGCAUAUUUUACUCGCUCCAGAAUAAUGGAUAUGGUUUAUACAGCUCUUGGUUGGUUCAAAGAUAACAAACCAAUUACUGCAGCUGACAAAAAACGAGAUCGAUAUUGGAGAACCAGCAGAAUCAAUCCUCAUGCAGCGAAUAUUGUCAUGGUCUUAAACAAAUGCGCGUUUAAGAAGUCCAGUGACUACCACGUCAUGUUCUACAUGAAUGAAGAGCCGCUACGUUCAGUUUGCGAAGGUGGAAUUUGCUCUUGGUCGGAAUUCGAAAAAAUAUUUAGUCCAUUUAGUGAGACUACGUCUAAUAAUAAGACAGCUUCUUUAAAAUAA